UUAGAGGACACUAGAAUCUCCAGCUUCUAGCUGCCAACUCAGUGCUUAUAUUUCUCUCCAUCUGUACAUUUUCCUGGGUGGAUUUGGACCUUCACCUGGUGCAUUAUUGAGAACAGAAGAGACAUUUACUUAAACCAUGAAAGACCUGCCAUAUCUCAAACCUUUGGACCCAUUCACCCAAGACAAAGCUGAUCACAAGGAACACAACUGAGACCCAGGAUUAAAAAGUGAAGAUUCACAUGCAUCUUCAACACAACUAAGGGAGAUCAACAAGUGUCAUAUUCUGCUGCAUUUUAAACUGUGAUUUACAAAACUAACCUGCUGAAAUUUAGCACAACAACCUGAAGAAACUGCAUCAUCUGACCACAUGGAUUGACAAAGCUCAGAUAAUAUUGCAUGUAUUCUGCAGACAAAUGUUCUCCUGAGGUUGAACGGGGAUCAAAGUGGUGAACCAUCUUCUUCUAACCCUUCCAGGUCUGAAAACACAAACUUUAAUUCAGCUGAAGAGACUGUCAUGAAAGGCUUAAACAUCAGACGGGUGUUGCUGGUGCUUCUGCUUCUUUGGACAUUGUCAGCCGUCACAUAUGUGGCUGGUGUUGGGAGCACAGAGCGAGGAGGUGCUGGAAGAAGCCAGAGAAGAGGAGGAAGUGGUGGUACAAGCGGCGGAGGAGGUGCAGAGAAGAGGCGGAGGUUUCACCGCAUCCAACAUGGUCAGUGUAGCUACACCUUCAUCCUGCCGGAGAUGGAUGGAUGUCAGGGUAGAGGAUCGCCAUCACAGGCUGAACAAUAUGGGGGUCCUCCUGGUGGGGCAAGUGUAGUGCAGAGAGAUUCGCCACCCGUGGACGGUGAAUGGCCGCCUCAGAAAUUGCAGCACCUUGAGAGCACUAUGGAGAACAACACACGUUGGUUGCAGAAGUUGGAGAAUUUCAUACAGAAGAGCUUGAAGCGAGACGUUGCCAACAUACAGUCCCAUGCCGUUCACAACCAAACUGCCACAAUGCUGGAGAUCGGAACGAACCUCCUAACGCACACGGCGGAGCAGACACGCAAACUCAACGUGGUUGAAGCCAAGGUGCUGAACCAUACGUCUCGGAUAGAGAUCCAACUUCUGGAGAAUUCUCUGUCCACCAAUAAGCUGGAAAAAGAGCUCUUACUGCAAACAACUGAGAUCAGCCAGCUGCGAGACAAGAACAGUCGUUUGGAGAACAAAGUUCAGAUGUUGGAGUCUCAGCAGAGAGGAGAGCUGGAGGACAUGAGGGUGGAGAAGAACAGACUUCAGUCUGUGGUCAGGACUCAGAUGAUGGCAAUAGAGUCCUUAGAGAGGCAGCUGAGAGUCGCCAGUAGCAACAACACCGCUCUGCAGAGGCAGCAGGCCCAGCUGAUGGAGUCUGUCCACACCCUCAUUAACAUGGUGGCCACUACAGGGCCACCUCCUCGGAGCCAGAUGUGGAAAGAUUGUGCCGAUGCUUACAAGGCCGGACACUCUGUGAACGGUCUAUAUCAUAUCUACAUCGGCAACAGGACUGAACCUGUGCAGGUGUACUGUGACAUGGAGACAAGCGGCGGGGGCUGGACAGUCUUCCAGCGGCGCUUUAAUGGCAGUGUUGAUUUCCAGAGGAGCUGGUGGGAGUACAAAAUGGGUUUUGGGGAUGUGAUGGGGGAACACUGGCUGGGUAAUGAAGUUUUGUACUUACUGACGAGUCAGGGCCAGUACUCGAUGAGAGUGGAUUUAAAGGACUGGGAGGGAAACUCCACUUACUCCCAGUAUGAUCGAUUCAAACUGGCCAGCGAGAAACAGCACUACAGGUUGUAUUUGAGAGGUUACAGUGGUACAGCAGGAAAGCAGAGCAGCCUGUCCGCCCAUGGGAUGGGCUUCAGCACCCAAGACCAGGACAACGACAACUGUAACAACUGCAAAUGUGCCCUGAUGCUCAGUGGAGGUUGGUGGUUUGAUGCCUGUGGUUUCUCCAACCUGAAUGGAAUCUACUACACAGUUGGCCACAACAUUAGGAAACUCAACGGCAUCAAGUGGCACCACUUCAGAGGUCCCAGCUACUCCCUACGCUCUACAUCAAUGAUGGUCCGACCCUACGACUUCUGAGAGCACCCCUCAACUUCCAUGAAGGCUCGACCAAUGACUUUUAACAGCAAUCCUUCAAUAUUAUGAUGGUACAAUCCUAUGACUGAUGGGUUUCCUUUAAAAAAAGCCUCUCCAAUGAUAUCCAACUUGUAACAGCACCCUUUGACUGCAGUAUUAUUUUGGUACAACCCUGGAUGACUCCUGCAUCUAAUAUGGUACAACCCUUAGUUUAUUAUGAUGGCAAUCAUGUGCAUCCAUUGAUCCAUCUAAGCCUUAGAGCUUAAAAUCCUGUCUGGAGCAAUGUUUUCAUCAACUACUCCUUACCCACAAGGGAUGGAACAAACCAGGAAAUAAUAAUCAUUUUGAUGUGAAGAUAGCCGCAAAUCUAAAUGAAAUAAUCAUAAAAAGAGACCUAGAGUGCAAGGAUGAAAGCCAGAUGUUCACUCCAAGCGCUGGCCAGCUACAGUGAUGGGAGGGUUAAAUUUCAGAAUAUAUCUUGUGUUUGAAAUGAUGUGCUCCACAAACCUGGUCAAAAACCUCCAGAAGGCAUGCCUCUGAAACUGUUCCGGUGAUGCUGUUUUUGCUGAAUAUAUCAUUAUACAAGCCUUAAAAUCCAUCAGAGAGAUCUUAAAAUCGGUUCUGAAGUCCUUGUGAGCCAGUGUAAAAAUGAAAUAAAGAAAACUGGAAAUAAAAAGGUCUUGAUCCAGGUGAGGAACCUGGUAACUAAGUUGGUUACAGUCUGAAAAGUCAAUGAAGAGCUUUGUCGCUGAUGCAAAUGACAAACUUUGUGCACUAAUGGAGGCGUUGAGAAAUGAUACCAUGUAAAAUGCUCUCUGUAUUGUUUUGCGAGCUGGAAGUCUGUGUUUAGAUGACAAUACAAUGGUUGCACAUGGUUUGCAUUGUAUUGGUCCAAACAGAAAUUACUUUAAAAUAAACAAAACUCUUCAUAGCAGACAGAUAAAAUCUAAAUCUGCUGCUUUGUUUGAUAAGUGGAGAAAAUCAUCUGCUGACAAAUUCCUAACAGAAAUCAUGAUCAGUCGGAGCUCUGCAUGGUAUGGCAGUUUGAGGAAUAACAUGACAUGCUCCCUUUCGAUUUACAAAUGGCUUUGCAUGACUGAAAACACAGCAUGCAGUAAAACAACUCAUUUACAACAACUGAACAGCAGAGCAGUGGGAUGCAUGAAGACACACAAAGAUCAUGAAAUGGCAAAGGUGGGGCAGAGAGACAGUUCCUGCUGAAGUCCCUUGUAAUGUUGCAUCUUCUGUUUCUGCAACAAACAGUCUCUAAGGAUCAUUUAUGUGUCAAUUAUAAAAUGGCUACAAUGAUUCUGUGGACAAUGUGUACCUAGAGGCUGACAAGGAGGUAUAAUCUCUAUACAGGCUACACUUGAUAGAAACUCAAGAAGGAAUCAAAUCUUCAAAACAUCAGUAACAGAAAAGAAGUCCGAUCAGUGUGAUGGGAAGCCAAAGCCAUGAUGAUCUGAUGGUGCAGAAUGACAUCAGAUGAUGUCCGGCAGGAGGAGGUGACUCCUCAUGGAUGAUGCAGAAGAACAUCUGGUCCUCUUUGCCCUGGAGAAGGAGCUAAAAAAAAUGAGACUUUCAUGGACUCAGCAUGGACAAUGUUUUAUUUUUUAGACUCAAACACGCAAAUGUGAUUCUUUGUGAGAUGCAAAAAGAAACAAGUGGACAUCUAUCAGUGCAUCUCUAACUCUUUUUACAGUGCACGGCAUAAACAAAUACACAGACUUACAACUUUAUUCUCUGUGAAUGGACACUGAUGAAUGAUGGACGAUAUGAGACAGCUGGAGAGACGCUGGGUGCUCUGAUUUUCAUAUCAUUCAGGAAAUAAAAGCAAGCAGUCGGGUUUUUUAUGGAUAAGGGAUUGCAGUUUUGUACAUGGCAAUGCUCACUGGACAUUUAAGAAAGGAAGGAAAUAAUUAAAGAGGAAAGGAACAAAUAAACUAAACUGAAAAAAAAAACACAGAAAACCUUUUUUGUUUUCUGUUGAGAAGAAAUUCUGGACAAUGAAUGAAGAAAAUAAAAGAAGAAAAGAAAAGCUGUGGAUGAUGUGAUUUUACAGAAUCCAGAUUCUGAAGCAAAGAAACGCUGCUUUGAUUAUUGUCCUAAUCUAAACAGUCUGGCGAUUUUAUUGUUGUGUUAUUGUUGGACUGCAUUUUAUUAUGGCCUACAAAUCAAUACUACAAAGGCAAUAAAUAAGUUACAGGAAAUAUUUA